AUGGCGGCGCCCCGUUGCCACGAGGAGGAGGAGGAGGGGGAGGGGGAGGGGUGUGGGGCGCUACGGGCCGUGUUCCCCCGCGACCCCGCGCUCUUCGCCGACACGUUCCCGGUUCGCUGCCGGUACCGGUUCUGCGGCCGCGUCCUUCGCAUCGCGCAGCACCACGGGCCGCGCCUGGGCACGGCCGGGUUCGUCUGGGACGCGGCCCUGGCACUGUGCCGGUACAUGGAGGCGGAGCAACUGGAUCUCCGGGGCCAGACGGUGAUCGAGCUGGGAGCCGGCACCGGCAUCGUCGGCAUCCUCGCGGCCAUGCUGGGCGGUGACGUCACCAUCACCGACCAGCCCGUGGCUCUGCAGCAGAUCCGCGAGAACGUGUCGCUCAAUUUCCCGGCGGGGGCGGGGCCCCGGGUCCUUCCCCUUCGUUGGGGUCACGACCAAACUUCUUUUCCCCCUCAUUUCACUUUCCUCUUGGCUUCCGACAUCACUUACGACCCCUCCUCCUUCCCCCUCCUCCUACGGACCCUCCUCCACCUCCGGCCCCGCCGCGCCCUGCUCAGCGCCAAGCUGCGGGGGGGCGGGGACGGGGACGGGGGUCCAUCCCGCUGCUUCUUCCGACGCCUCUUGCCGAUGGAUUUUGGGGUUCGGCUCUUGUGGACGGAACCCGAAGGGGAUAUCGAGAUCUAUGGGGUGACCCCUAAAGAGAGAGGGGAUCCCCAAAGCUCCCCUUCGCUAGGGGUGGGCUGA